GCAGGUACUGUGUGUGCUCUUGUGCGCGUUUGUGGAAGGAGCGUACGUACAAAAACGGCCCAUCCUCGAACUCCAAGCCUGCAACUUUUUCCACCACAACGUAACACCACACUCAUUUUCCCUUCGAUUAAAGUGCCAGUCGUUCGCUUCUCGAGUUGGUCAGGAUAUUUCCAGAUUUCUCGCACACCAUUCAAGCACUUACACCUUCAUUCCUCUCUACCGAUCCAUCAGUCACAAUGAUGCUGCACUUCAUCCUCGCCAUCGCGGCCGCGGCCCAGCUCGCCGUGGCUUUCCCGACCUACAAGGCUCCUCUGACCUUGUCCAAGGUCGCCCGCCACAAGCAAUUCUGCAUCUUCCCUGAUGAAUUCGUGGUUAAGAAUUUCCACACCUGGACCCCUGAGGCUGGCAACAACCGCUCCGCCAUCGUCGAUUUCGAUUACACGGAUGACAGCGUCAUGCCUGCGAUCAAGACCAAGUGCCACUUCAACGAGACCUCGGUCAACGUUGGCCCGAAGGACCUCGCUGCUCGAUACGCCUGCGAGAACGACCUGGUCCAGUUCAUCUGGUGUGACGGCGAGCUUACCAUGAUUGAGCGAGCCUGCCCGCUGGAGACUGAGAACCGCCCCUUCGAGGCUGCCGGCUGGGUCACGCCCAACCUGGAAUGCUUCACGAGCAACCGGAACAGCACCGCUGGUGAGGGCCACGCCUGCACGUCGUCGCCGAAUGUCAUGUCUGCCGUGUUCAGCAGCCUCCAGCCGACGCCGAACUGA